AUGAAGUUCACGACCACUACAAUCCUGACUACCGCUAUACUAGCAGGCAGCUCACUUGCUGCCCCUCGCAGCGGCCUGGGUGACCGCCUGCAGGCCCGUGGCGCUCUAUCACGCCAGUCACUACCUGCUGAAAAGAAGGGCGUUCUGCUCAAGCAAACAACCCAGGGAGCCAAAGUCCAAUAUAGCAAGAACUGGGCUGGGGUGGUGCGCGAGAAGCCACCCCCCAGUGCCACUUACACCGCUGUGUCUGCAACGUUCACUGUCCCCGAGCCGACGGCCACCGAUAAGUCUGGCGAUAUGCAGGCUGUGUCCGCCUGGGUCGGUAUUGAUGGCGACACUUACACCAAAGCCAUUCUGCAGACUGGCAUCGAUGCCUAUAUCCAGAAUGGCAAACAGACAUUUGACGCCUGGUACGAGUGGUAUCCUUUGAGUGCGGAGAACUUUGACAUAGAAUUGUCUGCAGGCGAUGUUGUGGUUGCGAAAGUCCAGUCAUAUUCGCCUAGCAAGGGUGUUGCCAUCAUCGAGAAUAAGUCGAGCGGCCAGAGUGUGACCAAGACUCUAUCUGCACCGUCGGCCUCCGCUACUCUCGCUGGUCAAAAUGUCGAAUGGAUAGUGGAGGACUUCAACUCCGGUAACAGCAUGGUUCCCUUGGCCAACUUCGGCAAGAUCGACUUUGCUGGUGCCCAGGCUGAGGCCGGUGGUGCCAAGUAUGGUGUCAAAAACGUUGCCGUUCUGGAUAUCCAGCAGAAUGGCAAUGUGAAGGCCCACGUUAAACUCCUAAGUGACACCGAGUUCUCUGUUACUUAUCAGUAA